UUCGAGCCAACCCAGCAGCUCACAGUGUUUUUCUUUGACCGGAUCAUUCAGUCAAAAAUUUUGAAUUUCUUGUUUAUUUGUUCGAAUUUAGGGUGAAAUUUGCUUAAAACGUGUAUUCUUGGUAGAAAAUUUCCUUCAAAUGCAUGUGAAACUAGCGGGAACCGAAGAAUAAACUCGAUAAACGCUAAAUUAAACGUAGAACGAACCCCGUCGCUCGACGGUUUUGGUUUUUUUUUUGUGUUGCUCUCAACUGGGAUCGAAAUCUUAAAGAUGUCGUCCGAGGAAAAUAUAACGUCACUGGAAGAAAUAACAGGGCUGAAAAGGGAGCAAGCGUCCAAUUUGCUAAAUGCGUACAAUGGAAACUUGGAAGCAGCCAUCAAUGCAUUCUUCGAGAACCCCGAGGGAAUUCUGAAUCCGGAACCACCGGUGAUGAUUAAUGAUGAUGACGACGACGAUGAUGGCAAUGAGGAAGACAAUGUUCGGGCCCCGAUUCCCAGGAAAACGGAAAUAUUACUGCCCCCGGAAGAACCAGCCCGGGGCCGGAAGCGAAGAGGAGCCACCAUAACAGAGGUACCGUUUCGCAACUUCGAACUGGAAGGUAAACUCCAGGAACAGAUUUUAUUUCAGGGACAGGGCUCUUCGUCCAAGAAAAUCACACGACUGGAGGCACUUUUCAUGCCCCCCUUUGAGAUUCUGUUCUCGGGAAGUCUAGACAUGGCCCGCAGGCACGGGAAAAAUUUCGACAAAUGGAUUCUGGUGAAUCUGCAGGAUGAUAUGAACUUCAACUGUCAAACAUUGAACCGAGAUCUCUGGUCUGAUCCAAAGCUGAAGGAAUUCCUCCGGAAUCAUGUGAUCUUCUGGCAGACUUCAAACAAAACCUCGGACGGAAUGAAAUUCAAAACAUUUUACAAAGUCACUACCGAGCCGUAUAUUGGUAUGAUCGAUCCCAGAACAGGUGAAGAGGUGGAAAAAUUCUCCAUAUGUGACAUCGAACCGGUCAAAUUUCUAGCAACCCUUAAGAGAUUCCUGGUGGACAACAAAUCUCCCCACGGGAAGGAAGUUUCGCUUCUAGAACCCAGUCUUAUGAGCCCUUCAACCUCGUCGCAACCUUCCACCUCCAAUGCUAACGGUUCCAAAGCUCUGAAUAAACCCAUCUGGAUUCCCGACGAAGAAGAGGAAGAAUUCCAAGAAAUCACAGACAGCGAAGGCAGUGACCUAGAGCCCGAUACUCCAACCUCCAAAAGUCCCUCAAAGCAGGCCACAAUCCCGACCGAAAGUCCAAACUGUUCCCCGGCCGCGCUCAGUUCCGACGACGAAACAGCCCUGACACCUGCAGAAAAAACUCGGAUCAUGUUGAAAAUGCCCGGCGACAUCACCGAACGACUAUUUUUCCACAACUCCCGAACAUUAGACCACACCCGGGCUAAACUGAUAGCCAAAUUCUACCAGAAAUGCCCUAGCAGUGGUCCAGAUGCGCAAAAAACUAAACCGCGCUUCUUCUGCCCGGCAAUCAAAACCGAUCUGGCCAGCUUGGACGGCAGCAGCACCCUGCUAGAGCUAAAAAUUCAUCCCAAUGCCGUGAUCCAUGUGACGGUGGACGAUUGAAUUGUUCUACAGUCCCGUUAUACUUCUACCCCUUAAAACCUGCUGUUCUACGUUGAUGAUCUGCAUCCUGCAUUGUGGCUUUUUAAAAUUUCACACGUAAGCUGGAGCUGAGGGGGCGCUAGCGGUCCCAUAUUUUUACCAUUUUUAGGAAGGCAAACCCCGUCUGUUUAGCUUAUAAGUCUUAAUUUCUGCGAAAUAAAUUAUAAGUGUA